GCCUUGGUGGAUGACGUAUACCGGAAAUGUGAACUGACUCAACGUGGAGAUGAGUUUGUGUUUAUCGGUUCUUUUCUCAUCGAAAAAGUGAUUUUCACUCGUCAGAGUUAUGCAGACGUGGAGCCUCGUGUCCAUCUGUGUCCUGCUCGGUGUUGUGGUGAGAUGGGGAGUUUCGUUAAACCCGUAUUCAGGGGCGGGGAAACCUCCCAUGUUUGGAGACUACGAGGCUCAAAGGCACUGGCAGGAAGUGACCCACAACCUCCCAGUGCAGGAAUGGUACUUCAACACCACUGACAAUGACCUGAACUACUGGGGUCUUGACUAUCCUCCUCUUACUGCCUAUCACAGCUGGAUCUGUGCUUACAUAGCCAAGAUGAUAAACCCUGAAUGGGUGGAGCUCCACAAAUCCAGAGGUUAUGAAAGUCCAGCGCACAAAUUAUUCAUGAGAGCUACAGUCCUGGUGGCAGAUUUGUUGAUCUACAUCCCUGCUGUGGUGUUGUACUGUUUCUAUCUGACUGAUGGAUCCUCUAAGAACAAGGUCUCCACUCUGUUCUGCUUCUUGCUCUAUCCAGGACUGAUUCUCAUUGACUAUGGACAUUUUCAGUAUAAUGGAGUGAGCCAAGGCCUUGCUUUGUGGGGGGUUCUGGCUCUUGGUCUGGGCUGGGAUGCCUUCGGCUCCAUGGCCUUCUCUCUCGCUCUCAACUACAAACAGAUGGAGCUGUACCACGCUCUGCCCUUCUUCUGCUACCUGCUGGGAAAGUGUGUCAAGUUGGGUCUGAUGGGGAGAGGGCUUAUGUUGUUGGUGAGAAUUGCUGUCACCGUGUUGGUGAGUUUUGCCCUCUGCUGGCUGCCCUUCCUGUCUGACCCUGACCAGGCCUUACAGGUGGUUAGGAGGAUCUUUCCCGUGGCCCGCGGCCUGUUUGAGGAUAAGGUGGCCAACACAUGGUGCAGCUUGAACACCUUGAUAAAGAUCAGAUCCAUUCUGUCCACAGAGUCUCAGCUCUACCUCAGCUUUGCUUGCACCCUCUUGGCAGCCCUGCCCUCUUCUAUCAGACUGCUGACAAAGCCCACCUUCUGGCAGUUUAAACUGGCCUUGGCAAAUUCAUCUCUAGCAUUUUUCCUCUUCUCCUAUCAAGUCCAUGAGAAGUCCAUCCUCUUGGCUGCCUUGCCGGUCUGCCUUCUGCUGAAUGACCUGCCCCUGGUGGCUAUUUGGUUUCUACAGGCCUCAACAUUCAGCAUGCUGCCGCUGUUUCUUAAGGACGGUCUGCUGGUGCCCUACGUUGUGACCUCGCUGGGCUUCCUCUUCUACAGCAUCUAUCUAUUGUCUGCCCUGAAGCGCUGUUCAGAGGAAGAGCUGAGACUGGGCGCCUAUCAUAAGCUGUUUUUCUUCCUACCCAAAAUGGACUUGGCCUUUUUAAUGAGAUGGAAGUUCUACAUCUGUGUCGCAGCCAUGGUUGGUUUAAGCGUUGCAAGCGUAGCUGUGACCGCACCGCCACAUCUACCGGACUUGUUUCCUGUGUUGGUGUCUACUACGGCUUUCCUGCACUUUUUGGGGACAUUUCUAUAUUUCAACAUUGUGCAGUUCAGUGGACCACCCUCCAGAAAGAGCCAGAAGAAGAUCAACUGAGUGAUGCCAUACCUCAAGGUUUUGAACUGGUGUUACAUUCUGGGUUCUAUUUCCUCUAAAGGUGCAUUUCACUCGUGCCGUCAUGAACUAAAUACAAAUGGGACAAAGUUCUUGUUAAGGCAUCUUGUUCGCCAGACUCGUAUCAUACAUCCUCAGUGAUGUUGGCUUGUCAAUGUACUGCAAAACAAAAUGCCAGUUCAGAGGUGCUGUGAUAUUGAAUGAAAGGAGUGGGUAAAGAUUUUUUGGACCAAAUAAUUUUGUGAAAUAGCAAAACGAACUACAACAGCACUCAGUAGAGCGCAUACCUCCGCCAAGGUCAGUCUCCUUAUAAAACCACAUUUAAAUUCACUUGAUCCAGAUUUUUAUUUGGACAUUUACUAAAUUCCUCCAAACAUCAGUCCCCUAACAAUUACUUUUUUCCAUCACGAUCCAUUUAUUAUUUUCUGUGAAAGAAAGUGAAAAAAUAAUCCUGGAUUCACCCCAGAAUGUACAGUUUUUUUUCCUGAUCCAUACUGCAUCCUUCCAAGUAACUAACAAAGAGGGGACAACACAACAUCAGUGUUGGUCAAGCUACAGAAGGUGGUCACAAUAAUAGGAACACCCCCUAUAGUGUUAGGUUAUUAUUCAAAGAGGUGCUGUACAUAUUUGCUGUAAUAAAAUGUAAUGAUAUUGCGAGGUGUUCAUGUUAUUUUGUCCAUCCUCUGUACCUUCUGUGAGGAUUGUGAUUAAACACGUGAUAGGGCUCGACUCAGCUCUACUAGUUAUGGUUGUUAGUAAUCUAUUCAUGUGAACUUUUUUUAUAUAUAUAUAAUUUUCUACUUUUUUAUCCACCAGUGAAGUUAUUUUGUGCAA